GUUUGCGUGCAUUAAAUAUCAGGUGUUUUUGUGCCCCCGAACUUAGGUGGUUUCAAUGGAUUUACAGAUUUUGGCUGAUAGCCCCAUUAUGGGAGUCCAUUGGCGACUCUGGAACCGUAUGGCGUGGCGAUAGUUUUGCCCCUACGUAAGCCUCAACUUGAAGAAUAUGUCAUUAUCAAUUAUCAGUUUUUCAAAAUACACUUUUCGGAAAAUCGGAAGAAGCUUUCCUGCUUUCAAUGAGGCUCAAUGGCAAGAUGUACAUCGCUUCUGCUUCAUCGACUGUGAAAAUCCACGACUUCCCAAACAACCAGCUUUUACACACUCAUGUGCCAACGAAUCAAUUCGAUCAUGCCUGUAGAAGUCUGUCUUGGGCGAAAGACGGCAACUGGUUAGCUGUGGUUCCAUACUCCGGCUGUACCGAAAUUGUCUCUGUUAGAGGCCAGUGCAAGCUGCUACACACUGUGAACAAGAUUUGCGAACCGUCUUGUGCUAGUUUCCCAAAUUUGUCCAAAAAAACGAUUGCAGUGGGCAGCAAGAUUGGCCAGGUGCUGAUUUAUGACAUUAAGGCGAAGAGCAUUAAGGGCAGGUUUCCUAGAGCGGGUAGCGCUAUAACGCAUGUGGGCUUUACAGCUAAAGACACCCACUGUUAUGCCGGCUGUGAAGAUGGUAAAGUGAUGCUCUACAACAGUGUAGCUAAAAACUUGUCUGGCACUUGGAAAGUUCCGAAAUCGUCAUCCUUAACUGCCUUGAAAGCGCACGUUGAAAGGCAAAACUUUCUGAUUGGAGGUAGUAAUGAAGGCAUCGUAGGCGUUUGGGAUGUUAACUUUAACAAAACCAAAUUCCAUAUAGACGCACACUAUGCUCCCGUGUCCGCUGUUCUAUUUUCGCCAGUAAACGCUGUUCUUAUCGUAUCAGCCGGUCUAGACAGAACCGUGCAAGUUUUUGAUAUAGAAGCAAGGUGCAAAAUCUCCACUAUUCCCGUGGACAACAAUGUGCUGUCGCUGGAUUUCCUGGAAAAUUCUCUAUACAUCGCAAUGGGAUGCCAAAACGGGAAAAUUCUUAUUUACGACACACGCCAAUUGCAAGCGCCUGUACACACAUACGAGGCCCAUUCCAGCUCGAUUAAACACUUGACUUAUCAAAAAUCAGCGAGUAGCUCGACGAGUUCCACCUUUCUAUGCAGCGCUGAUGUAGCUGAAGAAAACCGUUCACCGAGCAACAGCGCCUCUAAUGAGGAAAUUGAAGUCAAAGCCACAACUAGUGAUUUCCUCGGAUUGGUCGAUGAACAAUCAUUACUUCAAAGUGAAAUUCUAGAUGCCUCCAAGCAAACGAAUGCCGGUGUGAAAAGUGGAGGAGACUCUUUCCUGAAAGCUUUAGGCUGGGUCGAAAGCGACACCAUCGAGUCUGCUAAAGAGGAAAGCAAAUGCCUGGAACAAGUGGAUGGUAACAAAGAGCUGCAACACGAGCCUCGCCGCUCGAUUAACAAUUUUACUCCAAAACCAUCAAGACUCCCACCGAGAAUAUCAGCAAUAUCAAAGCAAAAUCUAGAUGUCCUUCCAACAUCUUCAACGCCAAACUUGCUUAAAGUGUCUACGAACGACUGCCACAGCCAGAUUUCACCUAUAAUAAACGGCAAUCAAAACCCAACCACUGGCAACCUUUCAGCGGCAAGUGUUUCCGAAAUGAUCGAUUCCGCAAGACAGACAAUGCAGGCCGAAAUGAAGAACAUGUUUGAGGAAGUGGAAAGAAAGAUGAUCUACAAGCUUUACAACCACACCUGUUCCAUCAGGCAGUUGAUGUUUGAUUUUCAGCUGGAGAAUCUGAAGCAAUUCAUCAAAGUAAAGGAGAAUUUCGAUGUGGUUAUCGAGGAAAUUAACAGCAAAGCGAUGAGCGACGAGAGCAACAUGAUGGCGGAGCAAAUUUACAAUCUAACUAUGAGGAACAAGGAAUUGGAGCGCCAGCUUGCAGCUUAUCAGCGGGAAUGAGGAAAUGUUAUUCUUGUCUGGUUUAUGAUGAUUAUUUAUGUUGAUAGAAGUAGGAGACAUUUUUAUAGGGAUACAGUUUUUUGUUAAUUUUCUUGGGCAUUCGGCAGGAGAGCGCUUUUUGAAGCAGCGCAUCCGCCCUAACGUGUAGAGGAUUGUCCGUCGAAUGCAUACAUUUUGAGUUUUAGUAACAGUCGUAAUAGAUUCCAUUAAAUUAUUUUUGAAAUACAAUCCUUCUGUACUAUGUAAUAUCAAUAGGAAAUCCUACAAUUUGCUUAGUGCUUUUUGCCAUCUUUGUUUAACUUUGAAAUUGUUGUUAUAAUGGCGAAAUAUUGAAUAUUUUUAUAGCAAUAAAAUCUGAUUUUUCUACUAA